AGCAUUUAUCCAGCAACCACAAUAUUUUUCGGAUCUCGUUAUCGAGGCUAGCCUUGUGAUCACUUAUACACGUAGUCCCUAUAUACAUUUUUCUUCUUGUUUAACCCAGAUAUCGUUAGUCUACAAAAAGAUUCCCUUGUCACCCACCUUACUCGCUUUAACUUUUGACGCUUUGACUUUCCACUCACCGUUUGCCUUUGGGAUGUCGUCAAUGUCUUCUAAUAAUAUUUUGUCUAGCCCAAAGACCGUUGCUAUCUUAGGAUGUCCGUUUAGCGGUGGUCAGCCAAAACCUGGCGUAGACAAAGGUCCUAUCCACCUUGUCCAGGCCGGGCUCAUUAACCAGGUCGAAGAACUCGGAUGGCACGUCGUUUUUGACGGACACCACCAAUUUGAGGAUGUUUCUCCACCACCUAAUAGCAUCCAAGUUAAUGGCACCAGUGAUGCUGUUGUUGAUACGGCAUUAGACGCAUCCAUCGCGAGGUUGAGAAGCCCUCUACUCGUUGCACAGGUCUGCAAGAGUGUCGCAUCUGCCGUGCAGGCUCAUGCAGAGAUGGGGCGCCUCCCCGUUACCCUUGGCGGAGACCAUUCCUUAGCCAUGGGCACUAUCUCAGGAACCUUAAGAGCAUAUGAUCAAGCUUGUGUCAUCUGGAUAGAUGCUCACGCGGAUAUCAAUACGAUCUACUCUACCGACACCGGAAACAUCCACGGCAUGCCUCUUUCCUUUCUCCUCAAGCUCAACCCCCCUGCUCCGUCCCCAGACUCAGUCCUUGCGAAGUUCGACUGGGUUUCUCACCUCCCAGCUGAGCGUCUCGUUUACAUUGGUUUGCGGGACGUGGACAAGGGUGAAAAGGAAAUUCUGAAGAAACACAACAUCAAGGCGUUUAGCAUGCACGAUGUCGACCGCUAUGGGAUUGGUAAGGUAGUCGAAAUGGCGCUCGACCAUGUCAACCCGCAAAGAGACCGUCCUAUUCAUCUGAGCUUCGAUGUCGACGCGCUCGACCCGAGUGUUGCGCCUAGCACGGGGACACCGGUGCGCGGUGGGCUCACCUUCCGUGAAGGACACUACAUCUGCGAGGCAAUUCAUGAGACUGGGUUACUCGUCGCGCUUGACUUGAUGGAGGUUAACCCCGCACUUGAAGAUGCUGAGAGUGUACGCCAGACGGUGACGGUGGGGUGCUCAUUGGUCCGUUCUGCUUUGGGCGAAACUCUUCUCUGAGUUGCGAGUGUCGUAGACUAAUCUCGAUGUGACGAUGUGAUAUGAUCUGGUGGCAUGAAGAGAGGUGCUAGAUGUAGAUUUGAUCUCCACGUAGACUAGACUGGCAAUCGGAGACCGUGCUUGUUCACGUGCCACAUUGUUAGACGUGAUAUUUCUUAUUUGUAUCGUUAAGCA